UAACGUAUAGUAGUAAGUCCCAUGCAAAGGACAACACAUAACACUUCCCUUUUCCUUUUCUCUCUUUCUCUCUUUUCUCGCUUCUCAGCUUCUUUAAUGUCGGCUCUUCAAUGUCUCACUUUCCUCUUCUUGAUUCUUCUUCUUCUCCAACACACCACGUCAGCUUCCCCUCUCCCUCUCUCCCGGCGGCGGAACCAUAACAACAACAGCAGCCACAGCAACUUCGCCAAGCAUCCACGCCGUGUGGUUUUUCCGGUGAACCGGAAUAGCUGCGAUCUGUUCUCCGGCGAGUGGGUACGUGAUGAGACGUACCCGCUUUACCGGGCCAAAGAAUGCGGCGGAGGAAUGAUAGAUCCGGGAUUUGACUGCCAGACUUACGGCAGACCCGACUCUGAUUAUCUCAAGUUCCGGUGGCAACCUUUCAACUGCGACGUUCCUAGAUUCAAUGGAGUCAAGUUUUUACAAGAAAUGAGGAACAAAACAAUAAUGUUCGUUGGUGAUUCGUUGGGUAGAAACCAAUGGGAGUCGUUGAUGUGUAUGAUCUCUUCAUCAGCACCACACAUUCAUACACAUAUCAUCCAUGAAGAUCCUCUCUCUACCUUCAAGAUCCUUGAAUACAACGUUAAAGUGUCAUUCUAUAGAGCACCUUAUCUUGUAGACAUAGACAAAAUUCACGGAAAGACAACUCUUAAGCUCGAUGAAAUCUCUAUCGAUGCAUCCAAGGCUUGGCGCACGGCCGACGUUCUGCUGUUCAACACUGGUCACUGGUGGAGCCACACAGGGUCUUUACGAGGGUGGGAGCAGAUGGAGACAGGAGGGAGAUAUUACGGAGACAUGGAUAGGUUGGUGGCAUUGAGAAAAGGACUAAAAACAUGGUCUAAUUGGGUCCUGAGUUAUAUCAACUCUCCUCUCACAAGAGUUUUCUUCCUCUCCGUCUCACCCACACAUUACAAUCCAAAUGAGUGGACUUCAAGAGCAAAAGCUUCAACGAUAACUCAAGGAGCAAAAAGCUGCUACGGUCAAACGACACCGUUUAGUGGAACAAAUUACCCAACAAGCUCAUACGUAAGCCAGAAGAAAGUGAUUGACGAAGUGGUGAAUGAUAUGAAAUCUCAUGUCUCAUUGAUGGAUAUAUCUAUGCUCUCUGCUCUUCGAAUCGACGGUCAUCCUUCGAUCUAUAGUGGAGAUCUUAAUCCUUCUCUAAAGAGAAAUCCUGACCGUUCAUCUGAUUGUAGCCACUGGUGUCUUCCUGGUCUCCCAGAUACUUGGAACCAAUUGUUCUAUGCUUCGUUGUUGUUUUAAUUAAGAUUUGAUUAAUCAAGAUCAACCAAAUGUAUCUAUUGAAUUUAUAGUUUUCGUUUUUAUUGUAA